AAGCAUAGACAGUCGAUUAGUCGGCGGGUGCAAGGCAGGUAAAGCGCCUUGUGAUACCGGUCGGACGACAAAAACGAUCGAACGAACGCCUCCACAAAACGAACAUUACUGUAUAUUUAAAUGAACUUAUACAUCGAACUUACACGUAUUCGUUAGAGAUUUGUGUUGUGUCAGCUAUUUCGAAAUGAAACGUGUUUAUUUAUUGAGUCAAGUGCAACGGUAUUGAAGAACCAGAUUUUGUACUAUGUAUUGUAGGAAUUGAUUGUAAACUCGUAUGUGUGUGGAAGUCUGUUGACUACAUUUCUUUUGUCCCGAUGAGGCCAUCGGACAUGACAAAAAGCUAUUGAUCCCAAUGCAGCCACAAUGCAGACAACACGCGAAUCGAGCCGACAAAAAAGAUGCAACAAAAGGCGGAACUCUAGAAAGAAAUCAUUAUCGCCGUCCGACUUGAAAUGCACGCGGGGGGACACAAAAUCCGAUGGCAAGUUGAGUAAGCGAUCUCUGUCCGAGGGGUCAGUGAAAGUGAAACAUAGGAAGAGUAACAUACGGAGGACUUUGACCCAUCCUUUCACGUGUUCAGAUGACAUUAGGGAUGUGGCGAUGAUCGGUGCGUUCAACCGAGAGGUUAAAGUGGAGGUGCCGCCUGAGAGUGACGAGUCGAACCUCCCCCCGACGAGUAGUGACAGGGACACGGAGGAUGACGGACGAGUCCUCCGACCGGUGCCGCAAAGGCCGCGGUGGGACUCCGGGAGUGAGAUGGAUUCUUUGGUGUCAACCGUUGUGAGGAGGGCUUCGGCUAGACGUCGCAGGACGCCAGCAAACCCAGAGUGGGGCGUCAACAGUGAACCGGGCGAGGCCAGCGAACCGGAGGCCGGUCGCAUGCGUCCCGAGGACUACCGCCUCGUGUUCCUCAGCUCGGACUCCUCGUGCCGCGAGGACACCGAAGACUCCUCCUCCACGGCGUCUUCCGCCGCGCCGCCCGCGCCCGACGACUGCGACUGGGACUACUUCGAGCCGGGCGCGGCGCCGGCGCUGCCCCCGCCCCCCCGCCACAUUCCGCCCGCCUGUCCCAGACCCUGCUCCUGCGGCGCUGAACCCCGAAUAGUCGCCGUACCCGUACCUGUACCCGUACCCGUCCCGGCCGCCCUCUGGCCCGCCCUACUCGCGUUCCCCACACAAACGCCGCCCACGCCUCACUGGAACACCUACCCCGGCUUCCCGCCUCUAGAUGCCGCAGCAUUCGCUAGGCUCACCACGGCCGCUGCCGUCGCCGUCACCGCCGCCGCCACUGCCACCGCCAACGCCAACGCAGCCGCGACGCAAACGCAAAAACUCGCGAUGACUACUAAAGAACGGACCGAUAAAGCGAUACAGUCUGAAGCGUCACAGUUGCCUGAGGCCUCCGAUAGCGAUAAGGUUGAUAACAAUAUCGAGCGGUCAGACGAAUGCGAUACGUCAGUUGGAAUCAAAGUGAUCGCCGAGGAGGACUCGAUUUCGGUUUUAUCGGGGCAAAUAGACGCUAUGCCGGAUCACCUGGAUGCGGAGAAGGCUUUCCAUUCAUCUAACGAGUCUGAUGAUUCGAGCGACUCCGAGGGAGGAGUCGCCCGGCGAAGCUAUGACCUGACGAGCGGUGCGCCCGAUGAGCCCGCGACUUCUGACGAGGACUCAGAUGAUUCUGGAGGCGGCGGCGGCCGAUUCUCACGCGUGUUUGUUGUGAACCCGGCGGACUCUUCAUCUGAUUUAGAAGAUAAUGCAGACAGCAGUGGCAUUGACUGCGACGACUCCUUCGACAAAAAAUCAGACAACUUGGAAGAAGCUAUCGCGGUGGAUGUACAGAAUGAAAUAAAUGUUAGUGCCGAAUCCAAUGACAAUAGUUCACAGAGUAAUGAUAAUGACAAUGAAAACCCAAACAUAAUGCUUAUAGAAUCGGUCAAUUUCACAGAAGACUAUCCUGUUAUACCGUAUGGUAAUUAUAGUGAGGAAUCAAGCAACGAAAAUGCAGCGAAAAGGUCAGAAUUCUUUAAGUUUUGCGAUGAAAAUAUGUUACAAAGCGAAACCUGCGAAGAAUUCAAUAGUUUUAAUGCACAUUGUAGCACAAAUCACACAGAUAAUAAGAACGAUAAUGACCCUAAUCCGCCAUCGUGUUUAUCAGAAAAUGAAGAAUACGAUUCAUUAGAUAAUACCGAAAGCGAUAUGAAAGUAAAAGUUUCGGUCGAAUUGCCCGAUGAGAAACACAAUGAAAACUUAAUUUCUAGCCAAGCUUCGUGCGGUUUAUUAUCAAAAUUAGCACCUUCACCGGAACCCGGGCAAAAUAAUACCACGAGUUCAGCGCCCGUAGCAGAAAUAGACCUGUUCAAAGGUAUCGAGCGUACGCUUAGUGAACUAUUGAAGAAAGAAUUAUUAGAGGAGCAAGAUGAGGAGAAAAUGCACGGUCCGCGGCCGGUUAGCUCGGAAGCGGAGGGGAGCGCUUGCACACCUGACGCGACAGUUUGCCGCUCGCGCACCGCCCGUGCGGACGCCUCCGCGCGGUUCACGAGCCGCGUAAUGAUAACGCACGACCGCGUCUCCGUCGUCACGUCGGACACGACGCGGCUCAUGCGCGACAUCACAGUGCACCACACUAACUCCCAAAACGAACCCGAAGGCACGACGCAAGACGAAAACGACGAACGAUUAUCCGACGACGAAGCAGCGCAGCCUUCGGGCGGAGUGACUGUCGUUAGCAAUGCCGACACGCUCUCGGCGGUUGUGUGCCUCGAGGAGGGGCUCGCAGACGACGACUCGUGGGUCGAGGACAUCAGCCAUGACGAGAACGAGGUCACUUCGCCCUCAGAUUCCGACUCGGAGGAUGAAGCCACUCUACCCACACGAGGGGAUGAUUUCGCUUACUGUAGACGAUCGCUAGACUUCACCUUGCAUACGAUCGUCGAAGAAAGCUGCGAAGAAAGCGAAACGGAACAUACGACCAAGAAACCGCGACCUAUUUCAGCUACGGAACUAGAAAAGUACUAUUUCUUUGGACUGGGCGAUGGCAGGAACGUUCGCGACGAUGAGGAUGCGGUGUCUGAAACGUCAAGUGUGUGUAGUGAAGGUGGUGAAUCGAUUGUCGAUAGUGAGCAACCAAAACGAAAUAGUAGUGAUAAUGACGACUUGGUGUCCUCGCGCUUGGAAAAGUAUUUCUUGUCCGGGUUCAUGGGAUUUAAUCAAGAAAAUCGUGAUUCGGAUGGUUCAGGCAGUGUUGGGAGUGACAGUGAAGGUAAACAAAGCCCAGAACAGAGGCGGAAGCGACUUGUACGCGCUCGAGGGGCCCCGCGGUCGCAUUCAUCCUCUUUGGAUAACUUACUAACAGGCGAAGAACCAUCACAAGAUGCACAGGAGGUGUCGGACGGGUCUAGUACAGAAACCGAGGACAGGCAUGAUUCAUCUGAAAGGUUAGAUAUGCAAAAUGAAUCUAAGAGAAAGAAACAAAACAAAAAGACCCGGGGAUCGCCUGCUGACGAACGUCGCCAAUCAGCAGAGUUUACAGAGGAAACUCGCGAAGAUACAAGGUCGGUAUCGGAAGGCGAAGACGGCAGGACGACACCUCACACUGAGUUCCCACCGCUUGGAUCUGAAUUAUCUGAAUCGAAAAAACAAACGAGUAGAGACAGUGGCUUCGUCGGUAGCUGUGAUGACUUGUUAAGGAACGGCGAUUCUAGCUCAGACUUUGCUAGAUCUCACGAACCUAAAACAGAGCUAGAGGAAAUCGUUGAAGAAAUGAGAACAGAUACCGAGGAGCGAAUAGAAAGCCCUCCGUCAUCACGUCCACCGCCAAGCCCACUGACUCGUAAAGAUAGCUUUAAUAACUGGUCGUCUGACGAAGAAACGAAUCUUAUGAUGACAAAAAUGCGUCAGUUUUUCAAACAAAUGAUAAACUCAAACAACGUUCGAACAUCGACACCGGCAUCGUCAAAUUCCGAAAGCUCUAAACCGCCUAAACCACCACAGUUGUUAUAUUUUGAAAGCGAACUAACAAGAUUAAUGAAAACAGUACCGGGUAUCCGUGACGAGCAAGUGCGUGAAAUUGUAGAAUAUUUAUCAAGCGAAGAUACGUGGAGCGACUCCUAUGACUCAUCUGACUACGCCGGUUCCGAUUUGGAAGGCACACAAAACAGAUCCGCACUGAGAAAACAAAUAUCGGACAGUUGUCGCGAAAUAAUCGAUGAGUUCGAUAAAGGUAACAGCGAGGCGGGUUCAUUGGAGCGGGACGCGGCUGGUGCAUACCGAAGAUUGGCGGCAACGCUGGGCAGAGCCGGGGAGGGCUCGCCGCCGCUGUUCGGGAAAGUGAUGCGGCAUAUAGGAGGUCGGUUGGUGGCGUUAAUGCACGAGGUGUCGGCGGGUGCCUCUCCGAGUACCGACGAUGAUAGUGCAUCGGAGCCUGGAGCGCUGGCGCGUAGUCGAUCUCAUGAUAUAUUGGAAGCGGCGGCGAGUAGAGGGAGUGUUGCGAGUGACUGUGAACGGUUUUCGUGGCGGGGUAGUUUUGAGUCGGCUUUGUUGGCCGCGGAUUCCCGAGGGACGCUUGGAGGUACGGGAGAGGCGCGGCGGUCGCCGGCGGGCGUGGAGCUGGCCGCUCAGAGGUCGCACUCGAGGAGUUGUGGGGCUAUUGGAGGCAGUGAGGACCGCCUGUGGCGCGGGAGGCGGCGAGCAUCGGCACCCGAUGCAGAGUCGGAGGAAGAAGAAAGAGCAGGCUCCCUUCCGCGCCUGCCGUCAAUUACGGGAACGAACACAGUCCCGGCCGGUCCGGUCAAAUCGGCCCGGUACCGCGCGCCCGGUUUCCGGACGGCGACCCGGGCGGCGUCCGCGCCGGGGCUCCACGUUCCCAGGCGACGGAGGCCCGCCCCCACCCCUCAACAGCCCCCGCCCGCCGCGCCUACCUCUGCACCUAGUUUACAGGAUGAAGUAUACGUCACAGAAACAUUGUCGCCGGGACAUGCCACCCUGCCGAGGCGAUCAAACUCCCCGCUACCACACGAAAGGGACAUGUUGGACCGAGAUCGAUUCCCCAUCAACAGGAGUGGACUUCAGGCGCGUUCUGAAUCCAUGGCCUCCGUGUACUCUGGAGCUGGCGAGGGUACCCGCAGCAACGUGACAGUCCGCGGGGAAGUCCAAUUCUCGCUGCUGUACAACUACCGCCUGGGCGCUUUGGAAGUGGGCGUCAAGAGAUGCCGCGAUUUAGCGCCUGUCGACACCAAGAGGAACCGCUCUGAUCCUUACGUUAAGGUGUACUUGUUACCGGACAAGUCCAAAGCUGGCAAGAGGAAGACAAAGGUUAAAAAGAACACUCUCAACCCCGUGUUCGAAGAGACGCUGAGCUUCGUCCAGCCGCUGGCCUCGCUGUCCUCGCGGACACUGUGGCUCAGCGCGUGGCACGCCGACAUGUUCGGGCGGAACGACUUCCUCGGCGAGGUGACGCUGCCGCUGGCCGACGUCGUGUUCGACGACCCCGCGCCCACGUGGCACAAGCUGCACGAGAGGACCGAGCAAUUUGACGAGCAGUCCGGCACGCGGGGUGACCUCAUCAUCGCGCUGAAGUUCGAAGCGGCGGAGGCGCGCGGUAAAGGCACGUUGCACGUCCUCGUCAAAGAGGCCAAGCAUCUGGCCGCUACCAAACCUUCGGGACUGGCUGAUGUGUUCUGCAAGAGCUAUCUCCUCCCCGAGCGUGGUCGCCUGGCCAAACAAAAGACGGGCGUAGCGCGACGCACGCUCAGCCCGCGAUGGGAACACACCUUUACGUACCGCGGCCUGCGUUUGACAGAGUUAGCCGAUCGCGCGCUCGAACUCAGUCUGUGGGACCGCGACCGCCUCGCUUCUAACGACUUCAUGGGCGCCAUCAGGCUCUCGCUUGGCUCUGGCACAUACAUGGGCGCGAGCGUGAACUGGAUGGACAGUACGGGCAAAGAAGUGUCCCUAUGGCAGACCAUGAUGCAGCGCCCCAACUUCUGGGUUGAGGGCUCGCUGCCACUGAGGCCGCAACUCAACAACUAAACGCCACUCACGCUUGACCACUUUGAGAGUAAUAGUUCGAUGAGAAGAAGGAAAGAAAAAAAUUCUGCUAAGAUUUAAGCUUGCGGUGGUCAGGCUGUGACAUCAGAAAUCCAACGUUGUUGUACAGUAACUGCACAUCAACCUACCACUGUCAGAUUUAUUCAAUUGUGAACUUAAAGUACCUACUUUUACGGAUUAGGUUGAUUUGCUGUUAUUGUACACACCUCACAAGUGUCAACCACGAGGAAUUCAGAUUCCUAAGGACCAUGCGGUCGACCCACAACGGCCACAAUACUUCGUCCUAUACCGUUUUACUUUUCGUAUUUCAAUAGGCUACAUGUAAUUUUAAAUCGUGAUAAUAUACGGCACCACCGUUGGUAUACAAGCUCUUUGCCUACGCACUUUCCUAUUGUCAAAAAAUAAAAUAAAAUGCGACGUCGCGUAGGAAUAGGGCCGUACUUAGCGAGAUGUACCACCGGUAGUACUUUUAACUGGUUUUAUUACAGUUUUACUUUUUGAAACAAUUUUGUAGAAAGUCGUUAUUACGAUGACAUCUUCAAUUUUAUUCUUCAUGCAGCAGAAACAAUUACAUUUGAAGUAUCCGAUUAUUAUUGUUUUUAUUUUUUUUUAUUAAUUCGAUAUAAAUCCGCCUUAAAGUAACAAAUUGAUGUCAAUAUUGUACUUAGAAAAUAUAAAAGUACAUUCAUUCCACAAAGUUUUUAGAAACCUAUUGAUUAUGAUUAUUAAUUUUAAUUUAUCAAAUGCGACGACACAUCGAAUUCGUGAUAUCAAACAAGUAUCUUUUUAUAAGUAUUACAAAAAUUUCUUUAUUUUUACUAAUAAAUCUACCUACUUAAAAUAUUUAUUCUAUUCGCCUUCUUCCUAAUACAUAAGUGCCAACUAAUGUAAAGAUACUAAAUUCAAAAUACUAUAUUUUAUUAACUUCUAUUCUAUUUUAUUACUGAAACCUAUGCCUAUCAAUAUCUACAUUAAAUAUUUUAAUACAUUGGAUAGUUAUAGAAUUUGAUGUUACAUUCCAGUUUUAAAUAUUUUCCUCUAUAAAAUUAUAUCGAGUUAGGAUUUAUAUAACGACAAUAAAUAAUAUACAUCGCGACUUAUAACUGCCUAUAAGUUGUAGGACUUAGACUAAACACUAAGUUAAUGCAUUUACUGUAGAAGUUAUAUUGUACAAACUAAGUUCACAUGAGUUUUAUAAGGUCUGCUCAUGCGUAUUGUGAUUUAAUUAAUUGUACACAUUUAGUUAAUAAGUAUUGAAUGGUGUGAAUGUAUCAUGUUCUAAAUAUGUUGUAUGAAUAAUUUUGCGAGCUUUAUGUUAAGAUUAACUGCAAUGAAACGUCCAUAGUUUGUAUGAUGAAUAUAAGAUUAUAAUAAUGCUCAGGUUGCAAUACCUAAUAGGUACAGGUUUAUGUCUUAUAUA